GGAUACAGGCAGUGAGCUUACGUUUAUACGAUCAGACGAGUAUGCGAGGUUAGGAUCACCAUCCCUAAGAAAUUGUAAACUUAGGUUUGAUGGUUUGGGUUCCGCUGACAAUGAGACCUCGGGUGAAUUUACGAAGGUAAUGACGGCCGACGGGCAGGCUGACGGUCACGAAGACGCGUUGGAUGUAUUUAGGGUCAACGUGAUAGAACAGACCGACGAGAUGGAUUUAGCGCACGUAGAGGAACCUUACUACCGUGAAGCGAUUCGCGAUAUCGUUAGGGGGUAUAAACCGGAGAAAAAGCAGGACGUCGGGAUAACCGCGAACAUCGUUUUGAAAAGCGACAAACCCAUAGUACGAAGACUACUAUGCGAAGACAUACUGCGAAGACUGACGCCGUCUGAGAAAAGAGAAAUAGACGACUUGGUGAAGUUGCGAAAAAACGAAGGCGAUUUUAAGUGUCAGGUAGAAAUAUAUAAAAUGGAUGUCCAAACAGGAUUAGUAUAUGUAGCAGUAGUAGUCAUUUCUGCAGCAGUUAUUGUUUUAGUAUCAAUGUUUGGUAUAAAAGAAAAAUCUUAUGAAGAAGCAAUAGCAGAGCAAAGAAAACUUCCUGAUGAUCUUUUGUUAAAUAAAAAAGAUAAAAGUAAAGAAAAGAAACAUAAAAAUAAGGCAGGAAAGAAAGUAAAAGAGAAGAAAGAAGAAAAGGAGGAAAAGGAAGAUAAAGAAGAGAAACCAGAGCAUGUACAAUUUGAGGAAAAUCCACAAAUUUUACCACUAGAGCCAUUACUUCGUGAGGGUAGCAAAGGAAGUAAGAAGAAAAGCAAGCAUGAAAAGGUAAAGCCAAUUCUUGUAAAUAAAGAUGAGCCAUUGGUUAUUGUGACUGAAUUAAGUCCUUCACAACCCCUCUCAACAGAGGUUAAUCAUUUUGACCUCAUUCAACCAAAGGACGACCUCGAACUCAUACGGAGUCAUAGUAAAGAAAAUUUACAACAAAUUGGUCAGUCUGAAUCAAUUAUAAAUAAAUCUCCAAAGGAAACUCCAACAAAAGUAAAGAAGAAUGUGAAAGAUUCAAUGAAAAAGAAGGAUGACAAUAUUAAGGAAGAAAAAAAAGAAACAAUUAAUAAUACCAAUACAUCAGCAGUAGCUAAUAAAGAUUCUGUAAAAGAAAUUAAAGAACAAAAAGAAACUCCAGUUAGAGAUGUAAAAGAAGUUAUAAAAGAAACUGUAAUUUCUACUCAAUCAACAAAUAAAGAAUCUAAAAAAGCAAAGAAAAAGAAUGAUAUUCUAGCACAAAUUGGUGGAGAUAAGGAUGCUGUCAAUGUAUCUUUAUUAAUACCUUUAGUUCAGAAAGCUGAACUUAGCCGUUCUGAAAUACAAAUUCUUAUUGACCUACUUUUAAAUAAACAAAUGGAUAAUCCAUCAGAACACUCAGAAUGGACAGAAGGUCGCGCAGAUCCAGUUAUUAAAUUAAAAAAGCAACUUGCAGAAAAGGAAAAAGCUUUAGCCGAUGAACAUGAAGCAAAUAUUGCAUUUCAAAAUAAAUUGAAAGAGUUACGUGCUGAGUUGAAUUCUGAAAGGUCUAGAUUAUCAGCUAAUGUAAGACAAUUAGAAGAAGCAUUAAAUGCUAAAGUUACAGAAACUCAAACUCUACAUACACGAAUGCAACAUAUCUUGGAAAGUCAUGCUGCUGAAAAACAAGGAUUUACUAGACAAAUUGAACAAUUGCAAACUAAAGUAAAUGAAAAUGCUGCAAUUAUUCAUAAGAUGCAAGAGGAUCAAGGACAAACUCAAGGGCAUAUGCAACAAGAGUUGAUUGCACAACGUAAACAAAUGGAAGUACAAUUUGCACAAAUGCGUGAUAAUGAAAAUGCAUUAAAAGCACAAUUAGCUCAAAAACAUGUAGAAGUACAAGAAUUACAAAGUGAGUUACAAGCAACUUGUGAGAGUAGCACUGCUGAAAUAGAAAUGUUACGGCAACAAUUAGGACUUAUGCAAGGUCAAUUGAUGCAUUCAGAAGGACAAUUACAACAUUUCAAGGAAGCUGGAGAUAGACUGCAAGAUGUUGCUAGGCAGCUUGAGGAUUCCCAUCGUGCACAUGCUGAUUUAGAUCACAGACUAAAAAGCGCUCAUCGUCAUGAACAGGAACUUCAAAAACAAGUGAAUUCAUUGCAAAGUGAAUUAAAUUCUGUAAAAACAGAAGCUAAUGAUGCUUCAGCAUUAAAAACAGAAUUGAAUAAAGCUCAGUCUGAAUUAGUGAAAUUAAAAUCUGAGCUGUCAGUAUCAAUGAAUGAAGUGAAAUAUGAGGCAGCUGAAAUUACAGCUCUUAAAGUAACACUUGUUGACAGAGAGGAGGAACUGAAAGUAUUUCAAGAAAAGCUUAUUAACAAAGACAAGGAUCUAGAAACAUGUAAAGAAGAACUUAACAAUGUACGAACUGAACUAAAGCAGUCAACAGAAAAUAUAACACAGUUGGAAACACAGUUAGAGGCAGUACAGAAGAAUUUAGAUACUGUACAAGAUGAACUUAACAAGACAACAAAAAGUCUAGAAAUAGCACAAGGCGACGUUAAUACUAAUCAAUCGAACAUGGAAAAGUUAGAGGAACAGUUAAAGCAGUCUCGAAAUGAAUUAGAAGAAACACGUGCCGAACUCAAAGCUGUAAAUGAAACAACGAAUGAAAUGAACAUGUUAAAGGCAGAGAUAAAUAGGUUACAGAAACGUGAUCAGCGAUCAAGUGAAACUCAGUUACAGAUUACACGACUGCAAGAAGAAAAUGAUAAACUUUCUAUACAGCUCACAAAUCUCACAGAUUUGCAAAAGCAAUUUAAGCAAUUACAAGAAGAAAAUGAAUCACUGGCUUCUCAAUUAGCAGCAACUACUGAACGUCCAGCUGCAGAAGGCCGCGAAAAUGGAAUUGAUGAUAAUGUUCAAAAGAAUGUACAACUUGUAGAACAAACCAAUUUGUUGGCCCAAAAGGAGAGUCAAUUAAAUGCUUUAAGAACUGAAUUAACACAUAAAGAAGUGGAACUGGAUCAAUUAAAUACUCAGAUUGAUGCAUUACGAAGUGAUGUAAACAAUCAACGUACUCUUGCUGCCCGUUUAAAUAAUGAAUUGGAAGCACAAAGGUCCAAAAAUAAUGAAUUACGUGUAAAAAACUGGAAAGUGAUGGAAGCUCUUUCCGCCACCGAAUUGCGUGCUAAAUCUAAUAAUGGGAAAAACUUUGAUAAAAUUACACAAAAAGUAAAAGCAGAAGAAGAAAAGUUAACAAAGGCUUUAUUAGAAAGGAUAUUCCCAGAAAUAAAAGUAUCUGAAAAAUCACAUGAGCUGUGGCUCAAAAUUUUUGAAGAAAAGGUGAAUACAGUUUUUACUGAAUUGAAGAAAAAGAAUACUACUGAUAAUCAUUCAGAAUUAGAAAAACAAAAUAAAAAUUUACAAGAUAUGGUUUCACAUUACAAACAAAUUAUCGAUGAUACAGAAGGUAUGCUUAAUAAGCUGCAAAGUCAUGUAGAAUCAGAGGAAACAAAGUGGGAGUCACAGCUUCGACAGAAAGAAAGUGAGGUAGCAGGUCUUAGAAUUGAAUUGAAUGAACUCAUGAGUAAAUUAAAUAUAAAUGAAAAGUUACAAGAUAAGGUAGUAGAAUUGGAAACCAGACUAAAAGAAGCUGAAUCUUUUAAAGAACAAGCUAAUGCUGAAUUAUUGACACAUAGAUCCACACCAAAAUCGGUUUUGAAUGAAGUAGAUACACAUGAUUUAGGUACAUUAGAAAAGCUUCAAGAGGAAAAAGCACGAUUGUCAGAAGAACUUCAAAUAGAAUGUAACAAAAGAGCAGCAGUAGAUGCAGAAUUGGAUAAAUUACGAUGUGUAGUUACACAACUUCACCAAAAAAUGUCACAACUUAAGAGUGAAGUUUAUGGAGGUUGUAGCAGUUCAGAACAGCCAAUAUUAAAUGGACCGCCAGCUUCUGAAUGUUCUAAUUCCGAGCUCCCACUAGCAACACAAACUCUGAUAGCUGCAUUAGAAAAUAUUCUUCUCAAGAAUACAGAGUUCGCAAAUUGUUCCAUAACCAAGCCUAUCAAUUUGGUUCAGUCUCAACAAGAAAUUGACAACAGCCCCCUUACUACAAAAUACUCCUCCAAAUCUUGUCAUAUGACAGAUCACAACACACAGGCUAGCUGGAAUCCAUUGAUGGGCCAGCAGCAUAAAAAGCACAAGAAAAAAAGGAAGUCCACUAAGAAACCCAUGGCAAAACGGCGCAGAUUCGCAGGGUGGUUCAAGAAAAAAAUAACUUUAAAGAACAAGCUGCGUUAACGCAGCACAACACCAGAUAAUUGAUAAAGAAAAUACACAAGAAAUUGCAUAUGCUCCAAUACUACAUAAACAUCAAUGGUAAAUUUUGCUAUUGAGAAGACUAAUAUCACGAUGGAAGUAUGAUGAAUAAUGUUUCUUAUGGAAAGAAUAUAUUAUUUUAUUAUAUGGAAAGAAAUAUAAAUAAUGAACUUUGUAGUUAGACACUAAGAAAUAAUGAAACUGCUGUUUGUCACAAUUACACAAUUAAUAGAUAUUAAAAAAGCAUAAUUAAAAAUUUAUUAAAAUCAUGCAUUGUAAAUUACAGAACAAUAGUAGUUAUUGUUUAAAUAUUAUUUCUGUUACAUAAAGCAUGUUCAUCAGGCGUGUUUGAAGCCUUCAUAGUUUAUUUAAAAUUUAUUAUUCAUAAAAUCAUUUAUAGAAUAAAAUGUACGUGCAUAUGUAUAAAUGUACGUCUAAUGGAACGCACGAAUUCUAAUUUUGAGUAGGUAACGCAAGUAUUUUUACGUUCAUUUUUUUAAAUUAAUAGCGAACAAUUAGCAGAGUCUUAGAUUAUUUUCAUAUUGUUAAAGAAUUUGUAUACAAAGUUGUAAUCGUUAAUGAAUUAAUGUGCAAUAAAUAUGUUUGUGCGAUUAUUAGUAUAAAAGUAUAUAGAGGGAAAUCAAUACGUUGCAAAUUCACGAACACGUAAUUAAUUUCAUAAAAUAUGAAAAAAAUUUAAUAAAUCAACUCUAGCGAACUUAUAAAUCUGUUCAAAAAUGUGUUCGAACAAGAUGUUUUGAAUAUAUUAAAAUAUAACGAAGUAUACAAAUUAUAUUAACAAAUUUAUGUUUUAAAUAAUUUGUAAGUACGAAAUUUGAGCAAUGACAUAGAGUAGACCAUAUGUAAAUGGGGCAUUUAAAAGAGCGUUUGUUAAAGUUUUUAUGUGUUAGUUUAUUUUACAAAACAAUAUAAUUUUUAUUAUAAUCUACGUUACAAGAUAUGAAAUAGGUGAUAAUACUCUAUUUAUAAUAUAUUAAACACUUGUUUCUUAAAGUA